GUUUAACAGCUAGUAGACUAAUGUGUGUGGAAACCUAACUUGUACAUCAAACCUGUGAUGUCAUGGACAUUAUCAUACAGGCCAAGGAGCUCCGUGAAAGGGGACUAAGUAAAGAUGCACAUGAUAAAUGGAAAUGGCAAAACCAUGGCGCAGCUGCAAACGAAAGCUCAGAAAGUUGUGUUUUAACAUGGGUGCGGUGGGUGAGGCCACGCAAGGAGAGUGAGAGUGAGAAGAAGAGAGUUGGCAUUUGGGUGGCGGGGAAUGCGGAAGAGGAGCUCGUGAAGGAGACUGAGGAGAGCAGCCAGACGAAUAGGAGGAGAACCAGAAGAUGGUCUUUGGAGUCCAAAUGAAGAGUUCUCAGAAGGAGGAAGUGUCCACAGUGUCAAGCUUGUGCACCAUGGACGAUUUUGCUGAGGGAGAUUUCACUAUGUUGGAUGAUGCCUUAGAAGAUUGCCCUUACGAGGACGACUGUGUCUGUGCUCCUGACUUUACCACUGAUGACUAUGUUCGCGUGACUCAGCUUUACUAUGAUGGAGUGGGUAUGCAAUAUAAAGAUUAUGCCCAAAGUGAGAAGAAUUUAGAGUUUGAUAUCUGCAAUAUAUGGUGCAGUAAGCCACUUUCUCUGCUCCGAGAUUACUGUGAUACCAUUAAACUAUAUAUCUUCUGGCCACUUCUUUUUCAACAUCAACACAGUUCUAUAAUAUCAAGAUUGCAUCCCUGUAUAGAAACUACCAGUUCUCGUGGUUCCGAGAUAAGUUUGAAGAAGUUACAACACCUUGAGUUGAUGGAAGAUAUCGUGGAUUUGGCAAAGAAAGUCGCGAAUGAUUCAUUCCUUAUUGAAGGCUUAUUGAGAAUUGGUUAUAAAAUAGAAAAUAAAAUCUUGGCAAUGGAAGAAGCUUUAAACUGGAUAAAAUACACAGGCGACGUAACAAUUCUACCUAAAUUAGGAUCAGUUGACAGUUGUUGGCCUAUGUUAAGUAUUUUCUUUACCGAAUACAAGUAUCAUAUAACUAAAGUUGUAACGGAAAACUGCAAUUUGCUUGAAGAGUUUAAAUCUCAAAGGUGUAUGGAGUGUAUGCAGCAAGGAGAGCUAAUGAAAACGAAAGGAAAUGAAGAGUUUUCCAAACAAAGAUUUCACAUAGCUAUUAUCUAUUACAGCAGAGCCAUUGAAUAUAGACCUGAAAACCACCUUCUUUAUGGUAACCGAGCUCUUUGUUUUCUUCGUACUGGACAGUUUAGAAAUGCGCUUGGUGAUGGAAAGAGAGCCAUUGUUCUGAAGAACACCUGGUCCAAGGGUCAUUAUCGUUAUUGUGAUGCACUUUCUAUGCUGGGGGAACAUGACUGGGCCCUGCAAGCAAACAUAAAAGCUCAAAAACUCUGUAAAAAUGACCCUGAGGGAAUCAAGGAUCUUAUUCAGCAGCAUAUAAAGUUACAAAAACAAAUAGAAGACCUACAAGGUCGGACAUCAAAUAAGAAUCCAAUUAAAGCCUUUUAUGAAAGCAGGGCUUACAUAUCUAGAAAUUUAUCAGCACCUGCAUUUAGUACAUCACUUAACUUUGUGGAAACAGAAAGAAGUUUCAGAAAAACUAAAUACAAAAUGGCAAACGGUGGUAAUCAAAAUCUAAAGGGGGUAGAUGAGGCUAUGAAGGGAGAUGAUUGUGACUGUCACCCUGAAUAUUCACCACCACCAAGUCAGCCUCCAAAACAUAAAGGAAAACAAAAAUCCCGAAACAGUGACUCAGAAAAGCUGAGUUCUAGCUCACAAUUGACUUUACCAGUGGAUCUGAAAAACAUUUUGGAGAAACAGUUUUCAAAAUCAUCCAGAGCUGCACACCAGGAUUUUGCUAAUAUUAUGAAAAUGUUGAGAAGCUUAAUUCAAGAUGGCUACACAGCCUUGUUAGAACAGCGUUGCCGAAGUGCAGCCCAGGCUUUUACGGAGUUGCUAAAUGGUUUAGAUCCUCAAAAAAUAAAGCAAUUGAACCUCGCCAUGAUUAACUAUGUACUAGUGGUUUAUGGACUUGCUAUUUCUCUGCUUGGGAUAGGACAACCUGAGGAAUUAUCGGAAGCUGAAAACCAAUUUAAGAGGAUGAUUGAACACUACCCCAAUGAGGGACUUGAUUGCUUGGCCUACUGUGGAAUAGGAAAAGUGUAUCUGAAGAAAAACAGAUUUCUAGAAGCUCUCAAUCACUUUGAAAAAGCAAAAACUUUGAUUUGUCGUCUGCCUGGAAUUCUAACUUGGCCCACAAGUAACGUGGUUAUUGAAGAGUCUCAACCUGAAAAAAUAAAGACGCUCUUAGAGAAGUUCGUUGAGGAGUGCAGGUUCCCUCCGGUGCCAGAUGCCGUUUGCUGCUACCCGAAGUGCCGGGGCUAUUCCAAAAUCCAGAUUUACCUCUCCGAUCCAGACUUCAAGGGUUUUAUACGAAUCAGCUGUUGCCAAUAUUGUAAGAUAGAAUUUCAUAUGAACUGCUGGAAAAAAUUAAAAACAACAACUUUUAAUGAUAAAAUUGACAAGGAUUUUCUACAAGGAGUUUGCCUUACCCCUGACUGUGAAGGAACCAUUUCUAAGAUUAUCAUCUAUAGCAGUGGUGGUCAAGUUAAAUGUGAAUUUGAGCACAAGGUCAUAAAAGAAAAGAUCCCUCCAAGACCUAUUCUGAAGCAGAAAUGUUCAAGCCUAGAGAAGCUGAGACUGAAAGAAGACAAAAAAUUGAAGAGAAAGAUCCAAAAGCAAGAGGCAAAGAAGCUGGCACAAGAGAGAAUGGAAGAGGACUUAAGGGAAAGUAACCCGCCCAGAAACGAGGAGCACAAAGAAACUGUAGACAGUGCUCAGAGUUGUGAGUUUCUUGAUGACAGAAUCCUGCAGUGCAUAAAGCAGUGUGCUGACAAGAUUAAAUCCGGUGUAUUGAGCACUGCUACGCUUCUCAAAGAAUUGCUUUCUUGGAAAGUUUUGAGCACGGAAGACUACACCACCUGUUUCUCUAGUAAAAACUUCCUCAGCGAGGCCGUGGACUAUGUGAUUCGUCAUUUGAUUCAGGAGAAAAGCAGAGUAAAGACAAGGAUAUUUCUGCAUGUUUUGAGUGAACUGAAAGAGGUGGAGCCCAAAUUUGCUGCUUGGAUCCAGAAGCUUAAUAGCUUUGGCUUAGAUGCCACAGGAUCUUUUUUCUCUCGAUAUGGAGCGUCUCUUAAGGAGCUUGAUUUUAGCAUCAUGACUUUUCUCUGGAAUGAGAAAUACGGUAACAAACUAGGUUCUAUCGAAGGAAAGCAGCUCGAUUAUUUCUAUGAGCCCACAUCGCUAAAGGAAGCACGCUGUUUAAUAUGGCUCCUGGAAGAGCACAGAGACAAAUUCCCAGCCUUGCACAAUGCUUUAGAUGAAUUCUUCGAUAUAAUGGAUAGCCGAUGUACCAUAUUAAGGAAACAGGACAGUGAUGAGGUGCCGUUUAGUUCUAUCAAGGUGAAAAACAAGGGCAAGAAAAAGAAGCCAAAAGAGUCAAAGCCAAUGUUAGUGGGAUCUGGAACGUCAGUAACAGCAAAUAGUGAGGCUUCAGGAGACGACCACAACAGGCGCAACUCAGAUUCCGCAGGCCCAUUUGCAGUGCCAGAUCACCUUCGGCAAGAUGUGGAGGAAUUUGAAGCUCUCUAUGACCAGCACAGCAGUGAAUAUGUCGUCCGCAAUAAGAAGCUUUGGGAUAUUAACCCCAAGCAGAAGUGUUCCACUCUGUACGAUUACUUCUCUCAGUUGAUGGAAGAACAUGGUCCCUUGGAUAUGAGCAACAAGAUGUUCUCUGAAGAAUAUGAGUUUUUCCCUGAAGAAACUCGACAGAUACUAGAAAAAGCCGGUGGUUUAAAGUCUUUUCUCCUGGGAUGUCCUCGUUUUGUUGUGAUUGACAACUGCAUUGCAUUGAAAAAAGUUGCCUUACGACUCAAGAAAAAAAGAAAGAAGAAGAACAUUAAAGCUAAAGUUGAGGAGAUUUCAAGGACAGGAGAAUAUUUACGAGUUAAGCUACCGCUGAAUCCAACUGCCAGGGAAUUUAAACCAGAUGCAAAGUCCAAGCUCGUGUCUGAGUCAUCUUCAGCAGCAAUGUCUGAGCAUGUAAAGUCCACACCUGAGCCUGCUGAGUCUCCAAAGCCAGCUCCUGAAGAUGGGAGGUCCCUGCUGGAAUCUGACAGCUCUUCUGCUCCCAGUUCUGAGGACAGCAGGUCUGAACUGGCCUCUUCUGAUUCUCCUGCACCAAUCUGUGAGGAUGCAAACAGCAAACCAGCUUCCUCUCAUUCCCCCAAGCCAGUUCCUGAGGAUGUUAAACCAGGAUACUGGACUCAAUCACAGUUGGUCACAGGAUUCUGUGCAUACCUUCCUUUUCAAGGAUUUGACAUCACCCAGUCAAGGCAAACAUACGUAAACAUGUUACCAAGUGUGCCCCAGUUCACCAGCAUGUACACACCUUUGGCCAGCGUUUCUUCUGAAUAUCCUGUGCAGAGAUCCAUGCCAGUUGUGCCGUCGAUUGUGGCCAGUGACAGAGCAGAUGACAGAGCUGCUGUGUAUUUGGAGGGUGGUCGUUUGAAUGCUGAGAAUGACUCUGGUGGCCAGAUCGCCUCUGAAACACAGAACCCUGAGGACUCUUUGGGACUAUCUGCAAAGUCCCAGAGCAGCCUGGGUGAUGCCGAUACACCCCUGAGUGAGCCUGAGAGAGAGGAUGGGUGUGCCGGGAACUCGAACAGCAAAUGUGAAGCUUACCCAGAAAGUACCAGUGCGGUAACAGAGGCCCCUCACGCAGCGGUGGUUGCUGUGCAGGUAUCUUGGAACAUAACACAUCAAGAAGUCAAUACUGAGCCCUAUGGUCCUUUUGAGACACAGCAGGGGGACAUGUCACAGAUGGAGAAGGAGCACCAGCUGUUACAAGAGCAGCUUAAGGAAGCGUGGGAGAAUUACAAGCAGAUUAAACUCCAGAGCUCAGAUGAAACCAGGGACCUGGAAGAAAAGUUGAAGAGGAACAUGGAAGAAAGCAAGAUCUCAAAGACAGAAUUAGAUUGGUUCCUCCAAGAUUUGGACAGAGAAAUUAAAAAGUGGCAACAAGAGAAAAAAGAAAUCCAAGAAAGACUGAAAACGCUGAAGAAAAAAAUGAAAAAGGCUCUAAAUGCCGGUGAAAUGUCUACCCAGAAAAAUGAUGGCGUGAGUAAGGAAGCUGAAUUGCACCCAGAUCAGUCCCUUGGAGUCAGCACACGCACUGAUGAGAACGUGCAAACAGAAGAGUGUCUACAGAAAGGGAAGGAGCACUUUGAAGAGAGCCAUCAGAGAGCUGUGGCUGCGGAGGUGUCUGUGCUUGAAAACUGGAAGGAGAGAGAAGUGUAUAAGCUGCAGGGUGUGGCGUCCCAAGCAGAAGCCUGUCUCAAGAACCUGAAGAUGAUGAGCAGUGAUUCUGCAGCACCUUCUGAUGUGGAAUUUGAUAAACAUUCCUGGGAAUCCUUUCUUUCUGAUGUAAGAAAAGAAAUUGAGAACGCAAAAUCUCAGUUUGAAGACCAAAUUAAGGCAAUUAAAAAUGGUUCUCGGCUCAGUGAACUUUCCAAAGUACAGAUUUCUGAGCUUUCGUUUCCUGCUUACACGAUUCUUCCUAAGUUGCUCUCUCCAUCUUCGGACCACGAGGAGCAAGAGCCUGUGACCUCUGCAGGCAGCCUUCCUAGAGCAGUUCACAAGGGUUCCUAUCUGGACCCUGCUGGUGGGUGCCCAGAGGAGGUUCCAGGAUCACCCACUCAACAGCCUGAAGUUGUUCAGCAGUCAGAGCUCCAGAGGGCUGGACAAGUGACUCCAUCAGAGCAAAGCCCUAAGGCUGAUGAGAAACUACCUGUCCAAGCAGGACAGGCUACUCAGUUAAGCCAGUCUCCAAAGAAGCCACUGAACAGCAUUCUUGAACACCUAGCAGUGAUAUUCCCAUGCUAUGACAGCACUGAGCUUGCUGGUUUUAUUAAAAAAGUUCGAAACAAACACAAGAAUUCACUCUCAGGAUUAAGUACUGAUGAAAUUGUUGAAAAAGUGACCCAACACAUUCUAGAUGAACAGAAAAAGAAAAAGCCAAGUCCAGGAAGAGACAAGAAGGCACCUGAGUCACACUCUGCCGCUUCCGUCAGGGCCUCGCAGAGUCCACCCUCGGCCGCCGUGGGACCAUCGCCCAGAGCCAAAGGGCAGAAAAUAGAAGGGGCUCCUGCACCAGAUGCAAAUUCCUGUGAAAUAUGCCAUGAGGUAUUCAAGUCAAAGAACAUGCGUGUGUUAAAAUGUGGGCACAGAUUUCACAGAGGGUGCUUUAAGCAGUGGCUUAAAGGGCAGAGCACAUGCCCCACCUGUGGCAGUGGAGACCUCCUGUCCGAAGAUUAGCUUGCACCUUCCUUCCGGGCCCCUAGUGGAAGACGGGAACUGCCUCCCUGCUGUUCUGGGUAGUUACUUCUCACCAUAGUGUCGUUCACGUGUGUGCUGAGUUGAAAUAAGUCCUGCCAUUGGUAGAAAAGCAGCAACCAUCUGAACUCUUGCACUGUGUACCACAAAGCUAGCAAGUGGAAAUCUUGCAGUCCUAUCAAGUUCCGUAUCAAGUCCUUUCUCCCCUCACUAGACUCUUCAGAUGGUGUUUCACCACAGUCUCACACUGUUGUCUGCAGAGGAGCUCUGCGGGUGGGUGGCUUCCUUUGGAAAGGAUUGUGAAGGCAUCAAAGCAGUGCUUGAAUUAGACGAAUUCUUAACUUGGCCAGAUACCGUGGGUCCCCUUUUGUGUUUUAAAAAUCAUUUCUAGGAGCUCCACAAGAGAGAUGAUACUGACCUUGAAAAAGAUUAUGUAAAGCCGGACGGUGGUGUGUGGUAAUCCCAGCACUUGGGAGCCGGAGGCAGGCAGAUCUCAGUGAGUUUGAGGCAAGUCUGGUCUCCAUAGUGAAUCUAGGCCACCUGUGACUGCAGGGAGACCCUGUCUCAAAAAAAUCACACACAAAAAAAUUGUGUAAAAUUCAGUAUUCUUGAAAUGCACCCACAUGUUCCUUAAAGAUUCUACAUUUUUUUAAUGUGCUUUGAAUCACAUUUUAGUAAUUUAUGUUGUUACAAUAUUUGCUGGUAUAAACCAAGACUCAAGUCUCUUCAUGAAACCCCAGUUGCUCCCAUUUCUUCAUUCCUUUCCUCUCCUUUUGCCCGUCUCCCCCCAGCACUGGGCUGAACCAGUGCCUCAUACAUGCUAGACCAGCGCUCCGUCAAUUGAGCUACACCCCCACCCCACACAGAUUGUGUAAGUGCUUUGAUCCAGUGUCUAGAAAUCAGUUACAAAACACUUUUAAAUUCAUGUCGGCCAAUAAUUUUUUACCCCUGAAACAGGCUUCAGUAGCCCCACACUUGGACUUCACUCUGAGGUUACCGCGCUGCUCUCAUGGGUCGGUUAACUGUGCCGAGCACAGGGCGCCGUAUAGAACAGCCGCCCUCAUACUCCAUCCUCUUCCCACCACCAAAAAGAGAAACUUGUGUACCAGACAAUCCUGAGGUGUUUGUGUUACAGUUGUUCCGUGUUUGACAUUUGUGUAAAGUAAUGCAUGCAGUUUUGUAUUGUGGCCUGAAAAUAAAAGUGUAACUGCGUUAGAAACUAUUUAAAAAUUAGAUUUUUUUUUUUGGUGACCAAUAUACAGUGGUAAAUACAAACACAUGAACCCUGGAAACAUUCCAUUUCUCUGAAACAUGAAGGAGCAGUAAAUGUUCUCCAGUGUGUUCUCUGUGCCACUGGACAUGUGGUUUGUGAGCAGAUUUGGUCACCUUCCCCCUUUCCCCAUCCUGUGUGAACUGUGAUGUCUUAGUGACUUGGUCCCUAGCAGCGCUCCUUUUUCCGAGCGCUCUCCGUGGUCGUCCUGGACACACUCUGCAUACCCACAGCAGUUGAGAGUGCGAAAACACUGGGCCAGUUUGCAGCAUCAGUGCAAAGAGCAGCUGUCAAGAAUGUGUUCUGUGCUUGACUUGAGAGCUUUGUGAACAUGCCUUGUGUUUGUCCAGUAGCUGUCAAUAAAGAGUGUUCUAGAAGACCA